GUUUUUGUGUUUCAAAAAAUUGAUUUGAUCGAAUGGUUUCUAGGAUCCAUGAAAAAGCUAUUGACACACUUUCACAUGGGUUUUGAUUUUCCCCGUGUCUUCUCGUCUUUUCAGGCUAAAUCUGAAUUUUAGGAUAUAUACAGAACAUAAGAGAGACAAGAUUUUGUAGUAAAUGGCGAUUAGUUCGAUUCAUACUGUAUUAUUCCCAGUGAGCGUGAAGCUCGUAGCUCCGGCAGCUAGAGUAUCUGUUCAAAGAUCGUUACCGUUUAGUGUUCGAGAGUGGCGUCGUGGUGUGUCUUCAAUGUCUGGUGAUAAGUCUUUGGUUUUUGCCAAGGCGAAACAGAGAGAAGAUAGUGUUGAGAAUCAUCCAAUUGCUGAAGAUUCCAUUGAUCAGCUCGUUGAUGAAGAAGAAGAAGAAGAAUCUCUGCAUUUUGAUGAGCGUGAUUUUGCUGGCACAGCGUGUGUUCCUGUCUAUGUUAUGCUACCAUUGGGAGUGAUUGAUAUGAACUCAGAAGUGGUUGAACCGGAAGUGCUUUUGGAUCAUUUAAGAACUCUAAAGUCAGUUAACGUUGAUGGUGUUAUGGUUGAUUGCUGGUGGGGUAUCGUGGAAGCUCAUACACCUCAGGUAUAUAACUGGAGUGGCUACAAGAAACUCUUUAACAUGAUACGCCAGCUUGGACUUAAGAUACAGGUUGUUAUGUCGUUCCACGAAUGUGGAGGCAAUGUUGGAGAUGAUGUGCAUAUUCAACUCCCUGAGUGGGUCAGAGAGAUUGGUCAAACCAAUCCUGACAUUUACUUCACUGACAGGGCAGGCAUGCGUAACUCUGAGUGUCUUACUUGGGGAAUUGACAAGCAACGUGUUUUGAGAGGAAGGACUGCUCUCGAGGUUUACUUUGAUUACAUGAGAAGCUUUCGUGUGGAGUUUGAUGAGUUUUUUGAGGAGAAAAUCAUCACUGAGAUUGAAGUUGGACUAGGUCCAUGUGGGGAGCUCAGGUAUCCUUCAUACCCUGCUCAACAUGGCUGGAAAUAUCCUGGUAUUGGUGAAUUCCAGUGUUAUGAUAAGUAUUUGAUGAGGAGCUUAAAGGAGGCUGCAGAGGUAAGAGGGCACAGCUUUUGGGGCAGAGGACCUGACAACACUGAGUCUUAUAACUCAACACCACACGGAACUGGUUUCUUUCGCGAUGGAGGUGACUAUGACAGCUACUACGGCAGAUUCUUUCUUAACUGGUACUCGAGAGUUCUCAUUGACCAUGGUGAUCGUGUUCUCUCUAUGGCUAACUUGGCUUUCGAAGGAAUCUGCAUCGCUGCAAAGCUCUCAGGUAUACACUGGUGGUAUAAGACAGCUAGUCAUGCUGCUGAGCUCACUGCUGGAUUCUACAACCCUUCAAACCGUGAUGGAUACGGUCCAAUAGCAGCAAUGCUGAAGAAACAUGACGCUGCUCUCAACUUCACAUGCGUGGAGUUACGAACACUUGCCCAACAUGAGGAUUUUCCAGAGGCGCUGGCUGACCCAGAAGGUUUAGUUUGGCAGGUGCUGAAUGCUGCUUGGGAUGCGAAUAUACCAGUUGCUAGUGAGAAUGCUCUUCCUUGCUAUGACAGAGAAGGUUACAACAAGAUUCUUGAAAACGCAAAGCCACUCAACGACCCUGAUGGUCGGCACCUAUCGUGUUUCACUUACUUAAGGCUCAACACAACUCUGCUGGAGUCUGAAAACUUUGUAGAGUUUGAGAGAUUCGUGAAAAGAAUGCAUGGUGAAGCUGUUUCGGAUCUUGGUUUGCUUCCAAGGACCACCCAAGAGACCAAACUCGAGUGAAUAAGUAUAGAAAGAGAGAGUGAAGCAGCUGGAUGGAGUAAAAAAAAUUAAGUUUGUAGUAGUUGUAUCCAAAAAUAAGAGAGCUUGUGUAAAAUGAAUUAUUGUAAUACUAAAUGUUAUUAUGUCCACUGAGAUUCUGCUAAAAAAAAUACUAGAAAGCAACAGAAGAGAGGCUAAUGCACAAAAGGGGCUGCAACAUCUUCACAUCUCAUCUCAUCUCAAUCUACUUUUGCCUCUAUGAUUCUAUAAUAGUAUAAUGUACAUGUAGAGAUAAGCUAUAACAAGAUUCUAUGUUAAUUAAC